UUUACGAUUUUUAAUUGAUAUUUUCCUAAAUGCAAAAUUUGUCCCCAUUACAAGAAAAACAAAAUUAUUCUCGACUGUUAGUUAAAACUUAAAACACGUUCCACCUUCCAUCUAGACGCCUCGGCUUCCCAGUCUCUCCCUCUCUUUCAACCAUUUAUUUUUCAGAACCAAUUUUCCUACUCCUUGAUCAUUAGCAUUUCAUCACCUGAUUCUUUUUCACUGUAAUUUAUUUGAAAAACAGUGUGUUUACAUCCUCCAGACUCCUAGAAAUAAACAAAACAAAAAAUGAGUUUUUAAUUUGCCGGGACUUUUUUUUUUUUGGUUGUCUUGGUUUAUAAUUUGCUGGGAAAUUAUUUUCGUAAAAAUAGAAAAAGUGAAGACACAUUAUUGACCUCUCUUGGUUCAGACAAAAAGGUGUGUUCUUCUCUUCUUACGUUACAUUUGUCUUUCCUCGUCCAUAAUCACAUGUUUAGUUCUUACGCAUUUUGGAUUCGAGUUAAUUUCCCAAAUACUUUUCUUUUUAUCCGAAAAAUCAUAGAAAUUUCGUAAGAUUGUUGGGUAGUUUUAUGUCACUUGUCGAAUUUUAUUCUUUGGUAAUUGACGUUAACCAAACUUUCAUUGAUAGAAGAUUUGUUGUAACAAAAUUUCUCUUCAUUAAUUUUUUUCUUCUUCUUGUUCAUAUUCUCUUUCAUUUAUUUUCUCUAUUUAAAGAUGUGGAAAAAGUCUGUCUUUGAUUAAAGAUAGCUUGUUCUUGGAACCCUCUAGGUUUGUGGACACAAGACAAGAAUCAAUACUACAUUGGAGUUUGAAGUCUAAAGGUAUAUGCAAUGUGUGGUUAGCCUUGAAAAUUGAACUCCCUCUAUUAUUAUGAGGGGCAUCUAAUGAAAUGUCACCUAUUUAACCGAGAAUCAUUUACUUUUGCUAGAUUCUGUGUCCACACACACAUUUUAUGUACUUGUGAAACUCAGAACACACAAAUAAAGUUCAGUAACAUCUCUUAACGAUGUCUGAAGAUGUUGGCUUCAACAAAGAAACUCCUUGUGAUUAUCCAAGAAACCCUCUUUGCAUCUUCCUAAGUGAUUUCAGAUCAGUUUUGAAAUUUGAUGAGCUCGGUUUGGAGAUAGCAAGAAUAGCUUUACCUGCAGCACUUGCCUUAACAGCUGAUCCUAUAGCAUCUCUUGUGGAUACAGCCUUCAUAGGCCAAAUAGGUCCUGUAGAGCUUGCUGCAGUUGGAGUUUCAAUUGCUUUGUUCAACCAAGUUUCAAGGAUCGCUAUCUUCCCACUAGUUAGCAUCACAACUUCUUUUGUAGCAGAGGAAGAUGCUUGUAGUUCUCAGGAAAACACAGUCCAAGAUCAUAAAGAAUGUAUUGAAACUGGUAUUAACAACACAAAGGAGGAAACUCAAGAACUUAUUCCUGAAAUUAAUAAAGAUUCCUUGCCAGAUGAAUCUAAAAUCAGUAGCAGUAUCUUUAGUGUUAGUAAAUCCCCAGUCAAGAAAAGAAACAUACCAUCAGCUUCAUCUGCUUUAAUCAUUGGAGCCAUUCUUGGCCUUCUUCAAGCUGCGUUUCUUAUAUCCACAGCCAGACCUCUCUUGAGUUUCAUGGGAGUUAAACACGAUUCUCCAAUGUUGGGACCUGCUCAAAGAUAUUUAUCUCUAAGAUCGCUUGGUGCACCUGCUGUUCUUCUCUCACUUGCGACACAAGGUGUAUUCCGAGGAUUUAAAGACACAACAACUCCAUUAUACGCAACUGUGAUUGGAGAUGCCACAAAUAUAAUACUAGACCCGAUCUUCAUAUUCGUUUUUCGUCUAGGCGUUACAGGAGCAGCCACUGCUCAUGUCCUAUCCCAAUACCUUAUGUGUGGAAUACUCUUGUGGAAAUUGAUGGGUCAAGUUGAUAUCUUUAACUUGAGUACCAAACAUCUUCAGUUCUCUAGGUUCAUGAAAAAUGGCUUUCUUUUACUUAUGAGAGUAAUAGCGGUGACAUUCUGUGUAACCCUUUCUGCAUCACUAGCUGCGCGAGAAGGAUCCAUUUCUAUGGCAGCUUUCCAGGUUUGCUUGCAGGUUUGGUUAGCAACUUCACUUCUUGCAGAUGGGUUUGCUGUAGCUGGCCAGGCAAUACUAGCGAGUGCGUUUGCCAAAAAGGACUACAAAAGAGCUGCAGCUACCGCCUCCCGUGUACUGCAGUUGGGACUGGUUCUUGGGUUUCUACUAGCGGUUAUACUUGGAGCAGGCUUGCAUUUUGGAGCAAGACUAUUCACCAAAGAUGAUAAAGUCUUGCACCUCAUUAGCAUAGGACUUCCGUUUGUGGCAGGGACACAACCAAUCAAUGCCUUAGCGUUUGUAUUCGAUGGAGUUAACUUUGGAGCAUCUGAUUUUGGUUAUGCCGCAGCUUCAUUAGUUAUGGUGGCUAUAGUUAGCAUUUUGUGUUUGGUCCUACUCUCGUCGACUCAUGGGUUUAUUGGACUUUGGUUUGGUCUCACCAUUUACAUGAGUCUUAGAGCAGCCGUUGGAUUUUGGCGGAUUGGGACAGCAACAGGACCUUGGUCUUUUCUCAGGAGGUAAAGAAGGAUAAUUAAAGGGGAGGGCAUGUUUUAAUUGUUCUUUAAGCCUUUUCUAAUGAGCUUGUAAUUAAAUAAAAUACGAAGAAUAUGAAUUUGGUGAUGCAAAUGAUUAUACGUGAAUUAGUAAUAUUCUUGAAAAUAUUAAGGGAUGUGGUGUACUAAAUUUGGGAUUUAGAUUGAUGAAAUUUUUAUGUUAUUCAGACAUGAAUUUUUAAAAAGAUAGUGUUGUUAAACUUG